AUGACUGUGUGCCAAGUAUCUACUAGGGCUCUGCCCACUAUCAUUGACAUCCGCCAUUCGAAAUUCGAGCGUUCCAUUCGCGACCAAGUUAUUGAUGGUCUUACUAAAGAACCAAAGACACUCCCAGCCCUACUAUUUUACAGCACGGAGGGACUACGACAUUGGAAUAAUCAUUCCCAUCAACCAGACUUCUACCCCAGGUCUGAAGAGGUCCGCAUCUUGAAGGAAAAAGCUCAGGAGAUAGCAUCUACGAUUGCUGACCAUAGUGUGGUGGUAGACAUGGGAAGCGCAAGCCUCGACAAAGUCAUUUAUCUCCUACGUGCCCUAGAAGCUCAAAUGAAGACCAUCAGCUACUACGCCCUCGAUCUUAGUGCUACAGAGCUUACAUCAACUCUACAAGCUAUCCCGACUGAGGAAUUUCGCUAUGUUCGCUUCUCGGCACUUUGUGGAACAUUUGAUGAUGGAUUACGAUGGCUUAAGGAGACUCCGAUGAUCCGCGACCUGCCACAACAUAUGUUUUUGUUCGGUCUAACAAUUGGCAACUACUCCAGGCCCAACGCCGUAGCUUUCUUGAAUCAAAUUGCCGAGAAUAUAUUGGAUGGGGAAGCUUCACAAAUUUCUUCUAUUCUCAUUACCGUCGAUCAUUGUAAGCUUCCCACAAAGGUUCUACGGGCCUAUACUAGUGAUGGAGUGGUACCUUUUGCGCUAGAGGCAUUGAACUAUGGCAACCAACUCUUAGGGGAGCGAAACGAUGGAAGAGAACUGUUUAAUCUCAAUGAUUGGUAUUUCCACAGUGAGUGGAACUACGUUUUGAGUCGGCAUGAGGCAUCGUUGAUUCCGCGUUGUUCGGACAUCAAACUUGGACCUCCUCUGGAUGGAGUGGUAGUAAAACGGGAAGAGAAGAUUCGGUUCGGUUGUAGUUACAAAUACGACGCUAAGGACAUGGAAGAUCUUGUUUUAGCAUCAGGGUUGAGGACUACAAGGACUUGGGAGGGUGACGGAUGCGACAUCGUUUUUUACGAGCUCAAGUUGAAGGAGAAGACUACUUGA